AUGAUGUUCCUCAAAUCUGUCAAGGGUCGAGCCCUCUACCGGAUAAUGAGCUUGUGUUGCUCACUGUCCUUCUGCAUGUACGGCUACGAUGCUGGCGUCCUCGGCGGCGUCCAGACCACAGAACCUUUCCUUGACGCCAUGGGCCAUCCCACGGGUACAUAUGUCAUCCCCAUGAUCGCAUCCUCCUACACACUGGCAGCCGCGGUAUGCUCGCUCGCAGUCACCGUGCUCGGUAUGCCUCUGGGACGACGAGGCUGUAUCCUGGCGGGCGACGCUCUCGUCAUUAUCGGAGCCAGCAUCCAAGCCUCUGCUUGGUCGGUCGCCCAGAUCAUCGUCGGUCGUGUCCUCUGCGGGUUUGGCAUCGGCUUCAUCUCUUGCAGCGUCCCCACUUACGUGGCCGAGAUGAGUAUCACAUCGAAAGAACGGGGACCCGAGGUGGGCGUGCAGUGCGCCUGGCUGAUCUCCGGGGUCGCCCUGGCGUACUGGGUGACGCUGGGAUUUACACGGAUGACGAACCAGGUCUCGUGGCGGUUUCCUAUCGCCUUCCAAGCGUUCUUCGCUGUGGUGUCCAUCAUCGGCAUGUUCUUCCUGCCCGACACCCCCAGAUGGUACUACGCCAAAGGCCGCAUCGCAGAAGGCGACAGCAUUUUGAUGCGGCUGCACGACCGCCCGCUGGAAGAUCCCGCCGUCCAAGGCAUGCGUGACGAGAUCUUGGCCUCGAUCAAACUCGAAGAGGAAGACGAGCAUACAUUUAACCUCCUGGAUCUCCUUUGGGAUAGAAGCGAUAUCCGCGCCGGUCGCCGGAUCAGGAUCUCCUUCUUGAUCCUGUCCAUCCAGCAAAUGAUGGGCAUCAACCUGUCCGUCUACUACUCAACCGUCAUCUUCUCCCAAGUCGGCCUGUCGCCUUUCCUCGCCCAACUGCUCGCCGCGGUGAUGAACACCGGCUUCGCCCUGGGAACAUACCCGCUCCCCUUCACGAUCGAACGCUUCGGCCGCCGCCCCAUCCUGAUAUGGUCGGCCGUCGUCUUGACGUUCUGCAUGCUCGUGUUUGUGAUCAUGAUCGGCCUGCCACAUCCGACCCUGGCGACGCAGUGGACGGCCGUGGCGUUUGUGAUUAUCUACAACUUUGUGUUUGGCUACGGCUGGAUCGGCGUGCCGUGGUUGUACGGACCUGAGAUUGCACCGCUCAAACUUCGCCACCUCGGCGGCGCGGCCGGCGCGUUCGGCGAGUGGCUGUUCAGCUUCAUCACCGUCUUCGCCGGGGGCAUCGCGCUCCAAAAUGUCGGGUGGAAGAUUUGGAUCUGGAUGCUCUUGUCGUGCGCGGUCGCCGUGCCGUUUGUGUACUUUAUGUGUCCCGAGACGACGGGCAAAACGCUCGAAGAGAUCGACCUGAUCUUCGCGAAACCCGAGGUGCGCGACUCGGCGCUCGCGGCGCGCACCAUCCACGACCAUCACCACGACACCGUGGUGGUGCGCGAGAAGGAGCAGGUGAUAGAGUAUGAAGAGAAGGAGGGCGUUUGA